AUGGACUACAAGACAGUCUGCAAAAUCAACCCAAAGAUUGUCUAUGCGUCGAUUACUGGGUAUGGACAAACAGGACCGUACAGCAACCGAGCUGGAUACGAUGUCAUGGUCGAAGCCGAAUUUGGCUUGAUGCAUAUCACGGGGACAAGAGAUGGACCACCUGUGAAGGUUGGAGUUGCAGUCACUGAUCUUACCACGGGGCUCUACACGUCCAACUCCGUCAUGGCAGCUCUUCUGGCUAGAAUGAAGACUGGAAGGGGACAGCAUAUUGAUGUUGCUUUGAGCGAUUGUCAGGUAGCAACGCUAGCCAAUAUUGCCAGCUCGUGCCUCAUCAGUGGUCAGAAAGACACGGGGAGAUGGGGCACUUCGCAUCCUUCAAUCGUACCUUACAAGGCCUUCAAGACAUCGGAUGGCGACAUCCUGCUCGGUGGUGGCAACGAUCGUCUCUAUGGUGUCUUGUGCAAUCGGAUAGGAAAGCCCGAACUGAUCAACGACGAACGAUUCAAGACGAACGCGGUCCGAGUGCAGAACAGAGAUACUCUAGAGGGCAUUAUCGAGCGCGAGACGAAGCAAAAGACGACACAGGAAUGGCUCGACACCCUGGAGGGCUGCGGCAUGCGCGAGCUGACUGUGAUAGCGUAUGCUGCCAUCAACGACGUACAGGAUACUUUGAACCACGAGCACGGUAGGUCUGCAGCCAUAUUCUGCCAGAACAUGUUACUGAUCAUGGUAGUCCGCGCACGAGACAUGGUCACGGAGGUGGACCACCCAGCAUGCGGACCUAUCAAGCUGGUCAAUACACCUGUGAAGUGGUCCGAGUCGAAGCCAGGUGUUCGCAUGCCACCGCCUACACUCGGCCAGCACACGGAUGAGAUUCUGUCGGACGUGCUUGGGAUGGACAGUGCGACCAUCGAGGAGCUGCGGGUGCCACAGACAUGGGGAGCAGGAGUCGUGCAUUACUACCGGGCUACUAGCGGUCGCGGAGGCGUGCGUGACAGGAUGAGCGAAGCAACGGCCAGAGCCGAGCCGGCAGCGAAUGCGGCGGACGACGCUGGCACCGCGGCAGCUCCAAGUCGGCAAUCGAAUGCGAAUGCGCCCGCAUGGUCAGCCAAUAUGUCGACGUUCCCGGCGAACGGUAGCGCGGCAGCAGGUCCCAGUUUCCCCCAGUUCUCUGCAUCCACGGCCGCGAUACUAGAGCGGCUCCAGGGCAAGCCAGGCGGACAUGCCUCGGGGAGUGCAGCAUUCGAGGCCAAACGCGCCGAGAUUCUGCAGAACUAUGUGACCAGCGACAAGCUGCCGACGCCACCACCCAUUCCGAGCACCGGGCGCAGGGCAAGAGGCGGGAAAGUGGGCACCCCGACCAUGGCGAAGACAGAGGCAGAGGACGUGGGCGAGGGCGAGGGCGUGGGCGAGGGCGCGGACGAGGAGGGCGAGGCGGUCGGGGCGGACGACGACGACGACGACGACGACGACGACGACGACAACAACGACGACGACGACGACAACUCGGACGUUUCCGACUCGUACACGCCGCUCCCCACCCACACCAAGUCCGGCCGCAGUGUGAACAAGCCCGUCGCCUUCAUCCCGACCCUGCCAGAGCCCUCGCCCGGCAUCAAGCGGCGCAAGUCGACCAAGACGCUGCUCGCCGCCAAGUGCAAGACCUGCCACCGAGACGUCGAUCCGUCCAACAACCGCAUCGUAUUUUGUGAUGCCUGUAGCACCGCGUACCACCAAUACUGCCACACGCCACCCAUCGACAACGACGUCGUCACCGUCUUGGAGAAGGAGUGGCUAUGCGGGCCAUGUAGACGCACCAAGGAGACCGUCGUGUCUGGAGCUGAGCAACUGAUUGCAGUCGAGGGACUGUCAGUAGACGACCUACUAGGCGAAUCGCGCACAGAGGACCCCCCUUCGAAAACAAUCAGCAUGGAUCUCGCAGGCCACCAGUACGAAGAAGAAGACGACGGCUACGAUACUGAUCCACCAGCACACUAUCCGAAGCCCGGCCACGGUCUUGCGCGAAUGCUACGGCCCGAGAGCGAGGAUCUCAACUGGCUCGUUGACGACAACUUUGAAGUCUUCAGUCAUGGCUGGAAGGGCGACGGGACGGGCCUGGGCGCGGACGGUACGCUGGAUGGACAAAAGGUAGCCUAG